AUGUAUCAAUUCAGAGAAAAGUGUUAUACAAAGGACCCCAAAGAAGAGAAAAUUGGAGACUCAGCUCUCAGGGAUGAAGGAGCAUCAUUAAAUAUUUUCUCUGUGCAUCCCUCUGCAGGAUAUGAUGACAAGCCUUCACUCUCUGCCCGGCCAAGCCAUAUUGUUCCUUUGGGACAGCGUGUGGAACUUCAAUGUGACUCUAAUAGAAGCUAUUAUGCAUUCAUGUUGUACAAAGAACAUGGUAAUCCUAUCCCUCAGAUCCAGGGAAGACCAUUCAAGAAGAAAUUUGUCUUGGAUCCUGUGACAUCAGCACAUGCAGGGACAUACAGAUGCCAAGGUUUUAAUUAUCAUUACCUUUUUAAAAAUUCAGCCAACAGUGACCCUGUGAAGAUCAUAAUUUCAGGAAUCUACAAGAAGCCUUUCCUUUUGGCCUUACAAACUCCCCUGGUGGAUUUAGGAGAGAAGGUGACACUGGAGUGUCGAUCAGAGAUUAUGUUUGAAACCUUCAUUUUGACAUCACAUAAAAAUGGAACAAUCAAGGACUCUUUAAAGCUUUCUGCAGAACAUCAUCUUGGGGUUUCCCAGGCCAACUUCUCAACAGGUCCUGUGACACCUGACCAUGCUGGAACUUACAAAUGCUACGGUUUUUACAAUCGCUCACCAUAUGAGUGGUCAGACUCUAGUGACCCCAUUGAUAUAAAUAUCACAGGUUUAUACAAGAAACCUUCUCUGUCAGCCCUGAUGGGCCCUGUGGUGAUGUCAGGAGAGAACGUGACCUUGUCCUGUGUCUCUGACCUUCAGUUUGACAUGUUCCAUCUGUCCACAGAAGGGGUACCCAAGGGACAUGGUCUGCCUUCAGUGAAGAGCCACAAUGGAACAUUCCAGGCCAACUUCCAUCUUGGUCCUGUGGUCCAGGCAGGGAACUAUAGCUGCUAUGGCUCUUUUAGGAACUCUUCCCAUGUGUGGUCAACCCCAAGUGACCCUUUGUACAUUCUUGUCACAGAUAACCACAGGAAAACGCAUAUUCUGAUUGGACUGUCAGUGACCACAAUCCUUGUCUUCCUCAUCAUCCUCCUUUAUUCUUGUUGCUCUACCAAAAAGAGUAAGUCUCAGGAACAAGUCAGUGAAUGUCAUCUGAGUAGUGUGAGAGAACAAGACCAGAGAAGUAGAGUCAUCAUGGACCAAGACUCUGACGUGAGAACAAUACUGAACAGUCAGGACCCUGAAAGAGAAGAAGUGCAGGAGGUGACAUACUUAGAAUUUGAUCAGAUGAUCUUCAAACAAAAAUUGACCACUCCCGAUUCCCAGAUUCCCAAGGAAUUUUCCACAGAUCCCAGUGUAUACAUGGAAAGGUAUAAUACAAGGAAGUUAACAGCAACACCAGAAAGCUCUAGAACAAAAAGGAGAAAUCACACCCAGCACAGAGUUCCUCUGCGAAGAACACACCAGAAAUUUGUCAUCGCCACAUCCACAAAAGUUGACAUCAGCAAAGUUAAAAUCCCCAAACACCUGACUGACGCUUACUUCAAGAAGAAGCAACUGUGCAAGCCCAGACACCAGGAGGGGGAGAUCUUCGACACUGAGAAGGAGAAAUACGAGAUUACAGAGCAGCGAAAGGCUGAUCAGAAAGCUGAGGACUCGCAGAUUUUGCCAAAGAUCAAAGCUGUUCCUCAGCUCCAGGGCUACCUGCGAUCUCAGUUCUGA